AUGGAUCAACCUCACCUUCCUCAACUCGUGGCCGUCCAGGACGACGUGGCCAAGGGGUCCCCAGGUGUGGACGAGACGAGGCUGUUCCAGCUGGCCAUGAACAUCCUGGCCAGGAACAGCUCCAGGAACACCUACCUGAGGAAGGCGUACACGAAGCUGACCCUGCAGGUGAACCAGGAGGAAAGAUCCCGGUUAAGAACAUCCUCAAGAUGUUCUCGGCCGACAAAGAAGAGGGUGGAGACGGCGCUGGAGUCGUGCGGGCUCAGCUGCACCAGGGGCGAGGCCAUUCCCCCCGAAAUGUUCCCAUUGGAGACGUUCCGGCGCUUCCUGAGCAAGCUCUGCCUGCGGCCCGACCUGGACAAGAUCCUGCUGGAGAUGGGGCUGGCAGGGAAGCCCUACCUGAGCCGGGAGCAGCUCCGGGACUUCAUCAACACCCGGCAGAGGGACCCGCGGCUCAACGAGGUUCUGUUCCCACCCCUGAGCCCCGAGCAGGCCCAGACCCUGAUCGAGCGCUACGAGCCCAACCCCUGCUUCAGGGACAGGG